CGAACGUUUGCCCUUCCGGUAGGCGCGAGCCCCGGAGGCGGCUGCGGCUGCGGCAGCGGAGAUAGAGGCCAAGGCUAGACAUGUCCGAGCGGCGAACCCGGUCCGGAGGGGCCGCCGAGGGCUCCAGGCCCAGCGUCCCAACUCCCACUCAGCCUCUGCGGAGGUCCCAGCGGAAAUCACGCUCUGAUCUCCCAAGCAUCCUCCCGGAAAUCUGGCCUAAGGAACCCCAGGCGGCUCCAGUCAGAAAGCCCAUCGUCUUGAAGAAGAUCGUGGCCCCUACUGUAGCGAUUCCGUCUGUUCAGUCGCCUCGAAGGAGCCCCCGGAUCGCUUUUUUCUUGGAGAAAGAAAACACCCCUCCUAGUAAGGAGCCUGCUAGGGAGGACCUCUUCCAGACACCUAGCGUCCCCACCACCCCCACCCCCACUCCUGUGCUGUGUUCCCUGAAUGCUGAGUCCAACUCCGAGGAAGGAGACCUGGACGCCAGAGACUUGGAAAUGUCAAAGAAAGUCAGGCGAUCUUACAGCCGCCUGGAGACUGUUGGCUCUGCCUCCACCUCCACCCCAGGCCGCCGGUCCUGCUUUGGCUUCGAGGGGCUGCUGGCGGCAGAAGAAUUGGCUGGAGUCUCACCUGUGGUGGGUUCAAAGCUAACUGAGGUCCCCAGGGUCCCUGCGAAACCCUGGGCCCCAGACACAACUCUCCCUGGAAUCUCUCCCCCGGUCGUGAAGGAGAAACGAAAGAAGAGGAAGGUGCCAGAGAUCUUGAAAUCGGAGCUGGAUGAGUGGGCCGCGGCCAUGAAUGCGGAGUUUGAAGCUGCUGAGCAGUUUGCUCUCCUGGUUGAAUGAGAUGAAGUGGGGGUGCCCCUGGCCAGACUCUCCCGCUGUACAUAAUCCCCUCCCCUGGUCUUGUUACCUGCGCAUGUGCUGUUGCUCCACGAGGCUUGUCCUCUGAGGGUUGGUACAGCGGCAGCAGCCGUUUCAGCUUCAGGAACGGGGUCCACCUGGCCCAGCCCUGCACUCGUGUCCUGUCUGUAGUCAGUCAUCUGCCAUCCUGUCUCCCCUACCUCCCGGAGUGUCCCAGCUGGUUUCCUGUUGGGCCACGGGCUAAGGAGUAGGAAUCACUGGCCCAGCCAGAAGAGGUUAAAGGGCUGGGGGUUGUGGGUGAGAGAGAGCACCUCUGCUCUUGUGGGGAAACAUGGCUCCUCUGAACCAGCCCCACCAGAGGUGGAUGCCGAGGGCCACGGCCAGCAUCCGGCUUUCUCUACUGAGUUGCUUCUCUGGAGGCUUGGUUUCCAGCCAUGAGCCCAUCUAGGUAAUGAGGCUUGGGUUUUCUCUUACAUUCUGUAGAUGGGCCGGGAGGACUGUCCCCAUGGGUUGUAGACAGUUCUAUCUGUGAGGAAGACACUGGACACUCAGCCUAUAGAGUCUUUAAGUUUUGAAGGAGGGAGGGAGACCUUGGUUGGGUCUCAAACUGUAAAUAUUUACUGCAUAGAAGCUGUUUUAUAGUUCUGUGUGCUGCUGCUAAGAUGUUCGGUUAAAUGCAGGCUGGUGGAGCAGUGGCUGCUUGAGGCUCGGGGCAUCUGGACUGAUGCCUGCAGAGGGCCAGGAAGGGGCCCAUGGCAGGAGGCGCCCCCCCUUGUCACCCAUACCUGUUUCUCACAAAACAAAGUGUACAGUGUCUACUCAGCUCUAGAAGAGAAUCUUAGGGGUUGAGGUCCUGGGGACAUUAGCAUUUUGUAAAGUUCUAGGAAGCUAUUCUCACAUGCCAGAAAGGGGCCGGGGUUGGUAGCUGUUUUAACUUUCAGCUUCUCGCAUGAGGACACUGCCUGAGAUAGGUGUUAGGAGUUGAAUUGGGAGGGGCGGUCACCUCAUUGUCUCUGGGGAUCCCCACUCCCCUAGCCCCUGUUUCUCUUUUCUCAAUAUUGACAAAAGGUGAGCUUUCAAAGGCGGCCCAACCACAGCUUCCGCCAUAGCCGGCCAUUGUGCCUUUUGAUGUUUACAUAUUCAUGGAAGUAGAGGCUAAGAGGAGUGUGGAGAGGCUGGUGGGAAGCAGAGAACGUCAGGGAAGGUGACUGCUUGCUUUGUUGGGGUCCCUGAAAUGGCACAGGCCUGGUGGGUACUAGUUAAACUCUUUGCAAGGCUUAGAAGUCCUGAAGAGUCUUGUCGUCGCUGACUGGCAGGACAACUCCUGAGAAAUGUCUUAGCCCUGCAGAGUUUGGGGGUAGCCAGUGAUGUUAAGUUGGUGUCAUGACUGCAGACUUCUCUGUGCCUGAAAAACUAAGAGUGGAGUUUAAGGAAAACUGGGGUUUCUUUUUAUAAAAAACAAAACAAUUAAAGAGUUUCUGCCUGUU